UUGUUAUUACUUAUUAGCGUCCGUUUAAUAUUAAAUAGUUUAUUAAAGUAUUUGUGAAGUUUAAGUUAACAAUUAAACCUAAAAGAGGUGUUUUAUGAAACGAGAUGUCCCGUGAUAUGGGACGAAAAGAUUUUUAUACUCGCGAUCGUAACUGGGAAUCCUACCGGCGUUAUGAAAAGUCUCGGCCGAUGAAGCGUAGCCACAGUCCUCUUCGUGACAAAAGGAGUAGUUCUCCACAUAGAACGAAGAAGGAUAUCGACGAUAAUCUUAUGAAUAGUAAAUCAAAGUCGCAUGAAGUUUGGGAUAACCAUCGACAAGAUUUUUCAAUUCCUCCUCCAGCUAGUUUUUCAACUCAAGAUGGUCCUGCAUACAACCAAAGCUAUCAGCCAUCUUACUCAGGUAUUUAUGAUGAGUUCUCAUCUGCACCGCCACAUUCCAACAAUGAAAUGUCUUCUUGGAAUCAGAUGUCUCUUCCUCCUCCUCCACCUGCUCCACAGGUGUACAAUGUUGAAGAUCAAAUAAAAAAAGAAGCUGCAAUUGAAUCAGAAAUGCGUCAUCAAAAAGCAGCUCUAUCAAAACAAAGGGAGGACUACAUUAAAAAAGCCAGCAUUCUUAAGAAAGAGUUAGAUACAUUAAAAGAUCAGCGCAGUGAACUUCGUGGUGACUCCAAGCGUUCACCAAGCCCAGAUACUAAAAGGUUUUUAAAGGAAAAUACAAAGUUACAGCUGGAAAUUCAGAAUAAACUAAAAACCAUCAAUAAUGUGGUUGACAUGCUUAAUGGGAUCAUCGGAGAAGAAGCAGCCAAUAUAAAUGAUUCAGAUGGCUCUCCCGAUCGCAACUCGAAACGUAAAUCCAGGUCGCCGUCAGUGGGAAACAAAUGUAACUAUGUGUACUAUGACCCUGAAAUGCACUGGUGUCGGGUUUGCAAUGACUUUCCUCCAACGGCUAAAGAUUACUUAAACCAUUUGCAUUCAGUUGCACAUCAUAAAAGUGCAGCAGCCCAUAUGGAAGCUCCGUGGCAUUCAUUGACUGGAAUGCAUGAAGGUUUUCCUAACUAUCCUUCUGCUCCAACGAAAAGAACUCCUAUUAAAGGACUACAAUUCUUUGUACCAUCAACGGCUUGGUACUGCAAAUUGUGUGACCAGUUCAUUGGUGAUCUACACUGUGCUUCUGCUCAUCUUAAAUCUGUAGUACAUGCAAAGAAUUAUACAAACUUUGUAGAACAGAAUCCUCACUGGGAGACAGACUGGAUGUCUGAUCGUCAGAAGGCGUUUGAGAAAUCUCGUGAUACCAAGAAGAGUAAAGAGGAUAAGGGCCAAUAUACAGCACAUACAAUCACCUUCAGUAAAGAUGGCUUUCAUACCAAAAACAAGACUCCUGAAAGAGAACUGGACAAAAAGAGAAAAGACAAGAAGAGGAAGAAGAAUAGGAAGAGAAGUAGUAGCAGCAGCAGUUCGCAGACAACCUCCAGCGAUUCUGAUAGUGAGCCCGUUAAGAAGAAGAAAAACAGGAAAGAAAAAGAAAAAAUGAAAGAAAGCCGCGCAAAAGACUGGAUCUCACACAAUGAAGAGCGUCAUCACGAUUCAGAGAGGAAGAUCAUUGAGAACAUUAAAAGAAUAAAGAUGGAACAUAUGGAAAGUCUAAGCCGUCGCGGGGAGCGCAAUGCGAGGGAAAGAGAGAGAUCUCCGCCAAGGGAAGGAGAUAGAGAUCGAUCCAAAUAUGAUUCUAGCCGUGAAAUGCGUCGGUCUGAUUCGCGAGAAGAACGUCGUCUAGUCGAGUCUCACCGUCGCGAUGAUCGACACGAUGAUAGAAGAGAUGAGAGACUCGAUGACAGAAGAGAAAUCAAACGUGAGGAGAGAAGAGAAGAGAAACGUGAUAGGAGAGAUGACAGAAGAAACUCACAGCCACGAGAAGUUAAGAAACCUGAGAUAAAAAAGAUGCCCUUUAUUGGAAAAAUGCCCGUUUACAAACAUCUUGGAAAGCCAAAAACAGAGGAGAUAAAGAAGGAAGAUGAAAAGAAGAUAGACGGUGAAGCUAUCCGCAAGAAGCAACAGGAGAUGGAUAUAGAGAUUCAGAAAAAAGUAGCAGAGUUUAAAGAGAAAAUCGCUAAGUCUCAGCUCGAAAGGUCCCAAGCAGAAGCUCAGCAACAGCUGAUGUCAGGGCUCCUGAACCCAUACCUAGUUGGAGCCCCUAUUUCAGCAGCCCCCGUGGUGCCUCCAUGCCCUCCUGCUCCCAUUAUAACAAUGCCCACUCCAACACCACAGAUUGUGCCAAGUAACCACCAGGGAGCCCAACCUCCAAACCUUCCCAAAGACUUCCAAGACGCAUUAGACAUAAUUUUUCCAUCUGAUGUGAAACCAGACAUGAAACAACAGGAGUUAUUCCAAGGUAUGAACCAGCAAAUCCCAGGCUUCGGUGGGAUGGGAAUGGUUCCUCAAUUUCAGCAGAUCAGCCUUUUGGGCCAGACUCCAAUGAUGGUACCAUUUGAAAUGAAUGCAUCUAUGUACCCUCGACAACAGUUGUAUGACACCCAUGUCCCAAUAUUGCCGAAAAAUCAAAUAAAUGACAAAAGACAGCAGAAUCAAGAGGAGAAUGAGAAGAAGAUGGAGAGGAAUAAAGAAGAGUUGGAUGAAUUGGCCAUGCUGGGUAUUGAUGCAUCUGAUGUCGGGGCUGGCAUGUGAUUUUGUGUGUAUAGCAUGUAUAAAGUUAUAACACAAUUUAAAAAGUGUGAAAUUUUCUUUAUUUUUGUAUGUAUGUUACCAUUACCAUAUCUAAACUACUUUUCAGUAAGGAUAUUAUGUCAGUGACUUUCUCAUUUGGUAUGAGUAGAUUCCUUUUGUUUGCAUAUUAGAUUAAGUUAAAUUUCCUAAAAAAUAUUCUGAUUUUUACACAAAUAUUUCUAAAUUAAAUUUGCAUUUGCCAGAACAUAAUUGAAAUAAUAGAUUUGUCGCUUACAUAAACAAUGCUAAGGGCCUGUUUCACAAUGUAUGGAUAAAGUACCAAAUAGCUAUGCGACACAUAAAUUAUUCGAAAGAUAAAAGUUCCAAAUAAGAUACUUCGCGAAUCUGACAGUUGUGAAACGCAAAAAUACUGUUUAUCAUACCAAUAAGUAACAAAUAGCUUAUUUGGAACUUAGCCGGACAUUGUGAAAUAGACCCUAAAUAUUAUAUUUAAGUUCAUACAAUUGUAAACUCAAUAUUCAAAUUGCACUUCUUAUUAUAUACAAUAUUCUGACAUUAAAUGUAUGCCUUAAAAGCUAUUACCCAGGUUUUUUUAAUUUUAUUUUUAACAAUGUAUAAUUUUUAUAUAAAUCUAAUUGAUAGACUAAAACUUAUGAAAUGCCUUAAGAACUGUAAUAAGCAAUAAAAUAAUGCAAAGCUAACAUUUAUUGGAUAUUAAUUAGUAACAAUUAUGAAUUAAGAUUACUUAAAAAUGUCGAUGUUCUAUUUUUUUAUUACAGGGCAGUUGAUUAUAUGUAGUUCUCAUGAAA